AUGGAAACUCUCACUGCUUUUUUCUUCCUAUUUCUAACAUUAGGGUUCAUCCUAAUCUUCUCACUUUCAACAAAACCCCAAGAAAAAACACAAACCAAACCCUCCUCCAAUCCUACCUCGUAUCCACUCAUUGGCUCUAUCCUCUCCUUCAACAAAAACCGCCACCGUCUCCUCCAAUGGUACACCGAUCUCCUCCGUCUCUCCCCAUCUCAAACCAUCACCGUCGACCUCCUCUUCAACCGCCGCACUAUUGUCACGGCCAACCCCGAAAACGUUGAGCACAUUCUCAAAACAAACUUCUCUAACUUCCCUAAAGGAAAACCCUUCACCGACCUCCUCGGAGACCUACUCGGCGGUGGAAUAUUCAACUCGGACGGCGAGUUAUGGAGCUCGCAGCGUAAACUCGCUAGCCACGAGUUUACAAUGCGUUCUCUUAAAGAGUUUACUUUCGAAAUCCUCCGUGAAGAAGUGGAAAACCGCCUCGUCCCGGUCCUUUCCUCCGCCGCAGACUACGACGGAGGAAGGACGGUAGAUCUUCAGGAGAUAUUAAAACGUUUUGCGUUUGAUAUUGUUUGUAAAGUUUCUUUGGGUUGGGAUCCAGAUUGUUUGGAUUUAACCCGACCCGUUCCAGCUCUAGUUGAAGCUUUUGAUGUAGCUGCGGCCAUAAGCGCUCGCCGCGCGACGGAGCCUGUCCACGCCGUGUGGAAGCUGAAGCGUUUGCUGAACGUAGGGAGCGAGAGGAGGCUUAGAGAAGCGAUAAAGACUGUACACGUGUCCGUCUCUGAGAUCAUACGUGCUAAGAAGAAGAGUCUUGCUCUAGGCGGUGACGUGUGUGACAAGAAAGAUCUCUUGUCUAGGUUUCUCGCCGCCGGACACGGAGAGGAAGCUGUUAGAGACUCGGUGAUCAGCUUCAUUAUGGCGGGAAGGGAUACAACAUCGGCUGCGAUGACGUGGCUGUUCUGGUUGUUGAGUGAAAACGUUAACGUGGAGGACAAGAUACUCGAAGAAGUGAGGAACAAGGAAGCCUUAGGGUUUGAGGAUUUGAGAGAGAUGAGUUACACGAAAGCUUGUCUCUGCGAAGCAAUGAGGCUUUACCCACCAGUGGCGUGGGACUCAAAGCAUGCAGCAAACGACGACGUUUUACCAGACGGGACACGUGUUAGAAAAGGGGACAAAGUUACUUAUUUCCCUUACGGUAUGGGAAGGAUGGAGAAAGUGUGGGGUCAAGAUUGGGACGAGUUUAAACCGAACCGAUGGUUUGAGGAAAAACCAAGUACUGGACCGGUUUUAAAAAGUGUGAGCUCGUUUAAGUUUCCUGUAUUUCAAGCUGGACCAAGGGUUUGUAUUGGGAAAGAAAUGGCGUUUACGCAGAUGAAAUACGUGGUUGGUUCGGUUUUGAGUCGGUUUGAGAUUAUACCGGUUAGUAAGAACCGGCCGGUGUUUGUUCCCCUCCUUACUGCUCACAUGGCUGGUGGGCUAAAGGUGAAGAUCAAGAGGAGAGAGCAUUAA